AAUUAACUUAUUUUUUAUUUUUCUUUGGUAAUUAACUAGAUCGAAAAUUUCAUGAAAAAAUUCUAGAUUAAAAAUAUAUCAUUUUUGAAACAUCCAGGUUCCUUUGUUGGAUGUGCUAAGAAUCAAGAAAAGACAUCAAAUGAGGCUGAAAAGCACCAAUUUUGAGUUUGGUACUAAAUUUGCAAAUUUUCUUUUUCCAUCGUGGAUCCUUUGCUUUUGCCUCUAACCAAAAGAAUGGUAUUUUAAGAAAAUCUGAAAGUUGGAUGAAAGACGGAGAAAAAGUUUUUCUGAAAAAUUGGAAAUGGCUAUCCUAAGAUCACCUUGUUCGGCCAUGUGUCCGGUUCGGUUCAUAACUUGUGUUGACCUGGAUCAAGAAUCGGUCAAAACUGUAAAAAAAAUGUUAAAACCGUUCAAACCGGUUUGAACCGUUAACCGCAAUUUUUCAAUUUUUGGUCAAAAUUGACUGAAUUUUCAAUUUUGGCUGAAAUUAUCUAAACCUAAUCUUCAGUUCACUCUUCAGUCAGUAGGUUCUUUUGGCCGCUUCCGUCUUCAUGCUUCCUCUACAAUUGCCGAAAUUGCCUGCCGUCUCUAUUUCCUUCUCCCCUUAAUGGCUUAACCCUAAUCCCUUCUCCAAACUCCAAACUCCAAACUCCAAACUCCAAUCUUGAUCCAUAGCAAUCAGCAGUGAUGUUUUUCUACUCACCGCACUGAUUCUAAGCCAAAAAAAAACUCUGGAAUCAAUCACGGACAGUGAUCUAUGAAGCAACUCAAUUCACUUGUUUCGAUUCUCAGCUGCUACCCAUCAAUUCAUCAACAUCUUUAGGGACAAAAUUUAUGAUCGAGUCUUGUACAGCAUUACCAGCACUGAAAGUGAACCUGCCGAGGUGAAAGGUUUUCCCAUUUAAGAUUUCCUAUUGCACUCCUGAAAGGCCUGAAGCUUAUACCAGAUGAGAGUAAAGAAGCAGAAACGCCAUCGAAAAGCUGUCCGAUUCUAUGCAGCUUGCUUUGGUUUCAGGGAGCCUUUUAAAGUUCUGUGUGAUGGAACUUUUGUGCACCACCUGCUUCUCAAUAAGAUCACUCCUGCUGAUAUUGCGUUGGCUAAUGCUUUAGGUGCCCCAGUAAAGAUUUUCACUACCAGAUGUGUUCUUGGCGAGUUGAGAAGCCUUGGUGACUCCUAUGCUGAAUCUCUUAAUGCAGCUCGUAACCUGUUAACCGCAAGAUGUGACCAUGAGAAACGGAAGAGUGCUGUCAGCUGCAUAACUCGUAUUAUUGGAGAAAACAAUUCUGAGCAUUUCUUUGUGGCUACUCAGGAUGCUGAAUUGCGGAAGAAAUUUCAAAAGGUACCAGGUGUUCCUCUUAUUUAUGGCCUUCGGAAUGCCUUAUUUCUUGAACAGCCGUCAGCUUUUCAACACCAGUUUGUUAGAUCUGUUGAGGAAGAUCGUUCACAUAUGACUGACUUGGAAUACAAGUUGUUGAAUGUAAAGAAAAAGAAUGUAGCCUUUGAGGAAGCAAAGGAUUCUUCUGAUGCCAAUGAAGACAAGAAUGAUGGUACAUUUACGGUUCAGGCCAUCCAAACAAAUUUUAGAAAAAAGAGAGAUUUAAAGGACACAGUUCAAUUCAAGAGAAAGAGAGCUAAGGGUCCAAACCCACUGUCCUGUAAGAAGAAAAAACCACGUGAGAAUACAAAUAAUGCUGCUUCAGUAAAGGAAAAUGGGAAUGGAGAUACAACCGUGAGAAGCAGGAAUAGAAAAAGGAAGAGGUCACGUAAGAGUAAAAAUGUUUCAAAAGCCAACGUCUAGAACUUUUGCUUCUCUUCGUUAUUGUUUGCCAGGUUGGUCGGUGCUUUUAGUUACAAGUUACAUUUGCUGAGUAGGGAAACACCCAACUAGAGAGAAUACAGUCUAUAAAGGUCAAACUUCAGCUUCCUCACCGGAUAAAGUAAAAUGCAGAUUACCAUGUCAGACACUUCGUUUGCUUUUUUCUCCUUUUGGUGGUUGUGGACGGGCAUUUGGGCUUAGCAGAGGGUGGUAGGAGAUGAUGAGAAUUAUAGGAAAUUUUGGGUUAGUAAACAUUCUACUGGUUGAUGCCUUCAACUUUGGCGUGAUGUACCCGCUUUUGAUAUUGUUGUAGGUUUCACUUUGACUUCUUUUUUUCCUCUCCUAGUGUAAAUUAAUUUUGCUUCUAAAUCUCCAUAUACCAAUUGUUGUAUUUUCAUUGUUCGGAAAUUCUAUUGAUGGUGUUUGUUUAUUUACCCUACAAUGAAUGUUGAAGGGGCGCAAGUUGUUUGAAC